UUAACAACCCCUAACCCCUCCAAUACUCACCAUGAGUGACGCCGUCGAAACUACGUCUGCCGCAGCUGCGCCAGCGGCUGCUUCGCCGAAGAAGGUCGCGAAAAAACCAGUCGGAGCCAAGAAACCAGCGGCCAAGCCAACCCACCCUCCUGCCUCUGAGAUGGUCAACAAGGCCAUUGCGGCUUUGAAGGACAAGAAGGGCUCUUCGCUCCCAGCCAUCAAGAAAUACAUAGCUGCCAACUACAAGAUCGAUGUGGCAAAGCAGUCCAUCUUCAUUAGGAAGUACCUGAAAUCUGCUGUUGAGAAGAAAACCCUCGUUCAGACCAAGGGAACUGGGGCAGCAGGACGUUUCAAGCUCGCAGCGAAGGGCGAAAGCGAGAAAAAAGUAGUAGUGAAGAAACCUGCAGCCAAGAAACCGGCAACAAAGAAGCCCGCGGGUGAAAAGAAAAUGGUGAAAAAACCAGCAGGGGAGAAGCCAAAGGCAGCCAAAAAACCAGCAACUGCCAAAAAACCCGCAGCCAAGAAACCUAAGGUGGAGAAAGUCACCAAGCCAAAGUCUCCAUCCAAGGCUAAGAAGAGCGGAAAAGCUACAGCUGCCAAACCCAAGUCUCCCAAGCCUAAGAAAGCCGCGGCACCCAAAGCCAAAGCAGCAGCAAAGAAGUAAACCACCCCCACUCGGCUUAUAAACAAACGGUCCUUCUCAGGACCAACAAACAACAAAAACGUAAGCUGUACUCUUUUUAGUAGCC